AUGCAUACACCUGAUAAAACAUGGAUGAAUCUUGCACGUCAACAUCGAGAUAGUCAAAUAUAUAUUCAAGGGGUUAAUUCUUUUUUGGACUUUUCUGAGAGAUCGGGUAGAACAAGUAACAUUUCAUGUCCGUGUGUUAAAUGUGGGAAUAGAAGUUACUUGGAUAGAGACAUCGUGAAAAGUCACUUGAUUGUGUAUGGAAUAAGACAAAGUUAUACAUUUUGGUAUUGUCAUGGAGAAAAGCGAUCUAGAAGUUAUGAAGAUUGUGAUAAUAAUGAAUUAGAGGGUGAUAAUGAUGAAGUAGAGGCUGAUAAUGAUGAGUUAGAGGAUGAUAAUGAUGAAUUAGAGGGUGAUAAUGAUGAAGACAGUGAUAACGAUGUAGAAGAUUCAAAUCGUGGUAAUGAUAGUGAAGAACCACAUGAGGAAGCUAAAGCUUUUUUUAGUUUGUUAAAUGAUUCCAAAGAACCUUUGUACCAAGGAUCAAGAAUUUCAAAAUCGUCAACAUUACUUAAGUUACUUCACCUCAAGAAUGCUGGACAAUGGACAAAUACAUCUUUCAACAUGUUGUUAAAAUUGUUGAAAGAUGAAAUAUUACCUGAAAAUUCUAAUCUUCAAGAUUCAUAUUAUGAGUGUAAGAAGUUUAUUAGGGAUAUUGGUCUUUCUUUUGAAAAUAUAGAUGCGUGCAAAAAUAAUUGUAUGCUAUUUCGGAAAGAGCAUAAGGAUUUGCAAUCUUGUAAAAUCUGUGGAUUAUCUAGAUUGAAAGUUGACAAUUCUAGUGGAGCAACUAUAAAGAAAGUCAAUGGAAAAACAAUCCCAAAUAAAGUGUUACGUUAUUUUCCACUAACACAAAGGCUACAAAGGUUAUAUAUGUGCUCAAAAACCGCUCAUUUAAUGAGAUGGCACAAGGAUACAAGAGUUGAUGAUGAUAUUUUGAGACAUCCGGCUGAUUCUAUGACAUGGAAAUCAUUUGAUGAAAAUUAUAAAGAUUUUUCCUUAGAGCCUCGUAACUUGAGACUUGGUCUCGCAAAUGAUGGGUUUCAACCAUUUGCAAAUGGAAAAACAUCGUAUAGUAUUUGGCCUGUGAUCCUUAUUCCUUAUAAUUUACCACCAACUAUAUGCAUGCAAUCAUCUAAUUUCAUUUUAUCAAUGCUAAUUCCUGGUCCAGAUAGUCCUGGAGAUGCAAUUGAUAUUUAUUUACAACCUUUGAUAGAUGAGUUGAGUGAGUUGUGGAAAACUGGAAUAAAAACAUUUGAUGCAUCAACUUCACGACAUUUUACUUUGCGAGCUGCAUUAUUAUGGACGAUUAAUGAUUUUCCUGCAUACGCAAAUUUAUCUGGUUGGAGUACAAAAGGAAAGUUAGCAUGCCCUUACUGUAAUAAAAAUACCAUCUCAAUGAGAUUGAUAAAUGGUCGUAAAGAGUGUUACAUGUGUCAUCGGCGUUUUCUCUCAGAAAACCACAAAUUUCGAAAAGAAAAAGAUUUGUUCGAUGGUACGAUUGAAAUUAGAAAGGCACCUGAAUUAUUAUCAGGAAAAGAUAUUUUACAUCAAGUACAAGAUUUGAAAGAAUACCUGAUUCCUCUUGCAACACGUGGAUUACUUCCAAAUGAAGUGUAUGAAGCCCUUGUUGAUCUAUCAAAGUUCUUUUCUAUGUUAUGUUCAAAAUCAAUAAAGAAAGAGGACUUGGAAAAACUUCAAAUUGAUAUUACUUUGACACUUUGCAAGUUGGAAAAAAUAUUUCCACCAUCAUUUUUUGACAUAAUGGUACACCUAUCAAUUCAUUUUCCAUUGGAAGCUUUGCUUGGAGGACCUGUUCAAUACAGGUGGAUGUAUCCGAUAGAGCAGUAUAUGGGUAUUUUGAAGACAUAUGUUCGAAAUAAGAAACAUCCAGAAGCUUCGAUUUCUGAGGGUUAUCUUGUAAAUGAAAGCAUUAGUUUGUGCUCAAGAUAUUUUGAAGAUUUAUCAGUACAAAUUUCUGAUCAACCAGAAACAUCCUUAUCAAUAUUUUCUACCAUUGAAGAAUUAUCAACAGGCACGCCAUAUAUUUAUGAAGAUGGUGAUCGAGAGCGAGCUCAUGUGUACAUAUUAAAAAAUUGUGAAGAAGCUGAACCAUUUUACAAGUAUGAAUAUUAA